GGGCUGGCACUUGGAGUGCAGUCUUCGCAGUGAGUCACGGCCGCGUCAUCAGCCGACGGUGUCGAUGUUGGCCGGCUUUACGGUGGGAAUGGUUACGCUGAACCAUGCUGGUGUGGGGCUGUUCCCGCCGCCGUGCCGCCUCCGGGUCGCGCCGUCUUCGACCUUCGCCAUGGCUGCACCAGCUGCUGAAGGCCCGGCCAGUGGCAGCAGCACAGACGGAGGAGCGAUGGCAGCUGCGCGAGGGCGAAAGGCGCGAGCGGCGCGGCGGCGGAAGCACGGCGAGGAGGGAGACCGCGCCAUCUCCCAGCGGGCGCACCUCGCGGCGGCGGAAGCGGCGGGCGGCGCCGACGCGCUCGGCCGGGCUGGCAUGGCGGCGGCGGCGUCAGCGGCCGGCGGGACGGCGGCGUUUGCGGCGGCCGGCCGCGCGAGCCGCGCAGCGGCGCACCCACUCGGCGAGACUGGCGUGGCGAUGCAGACCGGCAUCGGCGCCGCCAUCAAGGAGGGUCGGUACACCAAGUACCCCGGCGUUCAGUUUCGGCGAGAGACGGGCAAGUGGCGGGUGCAGUUCAAGUACCAGGCCGUGCGGCACCGCGUCCAAGGCCAGUUCGCGCUCGAGGCGGACGCGGCGCGCGCUCACGACGCGUAUGUGCGAGCGCACGGGCUGAGGCGGCCGUUGCACUUUCCGGCCGACGGCGAGGUCGGCUCGCUCUCCGCGCAGGUGCAGCCGUCCGCCGCCUACCGGCCCCGCUCGCUGCUGCCCUACGCGUACGAGCGCUACUUGCAGGCCUCCCAGCCGCAGCUAGAGGAGGGGGCGACGGGGAGCGGGAGCGAGGAGGAGGAGGCGGCGGAGGCGCCGCGAGAGGCGGUCGAGGGUGGUGCGGGAGAGGCGUCCAGGGGGGUGGCGGCGACGCUGACGGACGUUCCCUGACCUCGUAUACGUCGAUGGCGCGGUCCCGCGAGAGGUGUACGGCUCUAUAUGGCGCUCCCGAGGUCUCGGAGAAACUUAGGGUACACGUAUAUAUGCGGCCAUGACCCGAACGUAUAAAAGUCU